CUCGGCCAAUGACCCUUGGCCAGGGCCCGGGCCCAAGCUGUGCGGCUGCCUGCCGCGAGGCUGCUCGGCCAACGCGGGCGGCGGCAGUGGUCCGGCCGCCCCCCGAGGACAAGUACCUCCCAUCCUGCAGAGCCUGCAGGCCAAGGGCGCUGGCGGCGGCCUGGCCGCGCAGCUGCUGCAGGGCGCCGGCGCGGCCGCGAAGGCGCCCAGGGCCCGCCCCGAGCGGAGGCGAAGGACGGAAUCCACCAGCGCCAGCGGGAGCUCCUCCGACGAGGGGCCGCACCCCGCGCGCCGCGGGGCCCCCCGGGGGCGCCCAGGCGCGUGAGGCAGGCGGCAGGGAGGGGGCACGGCGACGACGGCGACGACGACGACGACGCGGGGCUCGCGCAAGGCGUAAUUCGACGGGCGGGGGCGGAAGGCGCCGCCUUUGGCAGUGCGCUGACGGCGGUCGCGCGCGGGCUGUUGCUGCCUGCAGAAGCAGCCAGGCAGCACAGCAUCGGUGGCGCUGCGAGAGAAGGGUCGCAGGCAUGCCUCUCCUGCACCUUCUGCUGCUGGUCAUCCUGCUGCUCCUCUUCGAUCGGCAAGCUUCGAUCGACUGGGCUCGGAGCGCCGG